GCCCAUGGAGCGGGCGGCGGCGGCGCCGCAGUCUCGCGAGAGCGUGGCCGCUGCGGCAGGAGCAGCACCGGGCGGGCGGGCGGCCGCCGCCUCCCGCCGGGACCGCACGGGCCGGGCCGCGCCGCGGGCUUUGCUAAAGCUCACGGGUUGUUCCCAAGUACUUUUCCUGAGGAGCAGAGAGGCUGAGUGUGUGCCGGCAUGGCAGAAAAGGUGAACAACUUCCCUCCCCUGCCCAAGUUCAUCCCCCUGAAGCCAUGUUUCUACCAGGACUUCGAUGCGGAGAUCCCGCCACAGCAUCGGACCAUGGCCAAGCGACUUUACUACCUCUGGAUGUUGAACAGCAUCACCUUGGCAGUGAAUCUCGUGGGCUGCCUCGCGUGGCUCAUUGGAGGCGGCGGAGCGGUAAAUUUUGGACUGGCAAUUCUCUGGCUCAUUCUCUUUACGCCCUGCUCCUAUGUCUGCUGGUUUAGACCUAUUUACAAAGCUUUCAAGACAGACAGUUCCUUCAGCUUCAUGGCCUUCUUCUUCACUUUCAUGGCCCAGCUGGUGAUCAGCAUUAUCCAGGCGGUGGGAAUCCCUGGAUGGGGUGUCUGUGGCUGGAUUGCAGCGAUUUCCUUCUUUGGGACCAACGUGGGGUCAGCUGUGGUGAUGCUGAUCCCCACCGUGCUCUUCACGGCCAUGGCAGUCUUCUCCUUCAUCGCUCUCACCAUGGUGCACAAGUUUUACCGGGGGAGCGGCGGCAGCUUCAGCAAAGCGCAGGAAGAGUGGACCACGGGGGCGUGGAAGAACCCCCACGUGCAGCAGGCGGCCCAGAACGCGGCCAUGGGGGCGGCACAGGGCGCGAUGAUGCAGCACGAAACGCAGUACUCGGCCACCCCCAACUAUACCUACUCCAACGAGAUGUGAGCAGCAGGACUCUGUCCUCAGGAGGAAGAGCUGGUGGAGGGGGGGGAAGAGAGGAGGAAGAAGGCUGAGCGAGUUUCUGCAGCUGUUUCAGAAAGUUGGAGUGUACCAUAGUGGUGGUUCUUUUUCCGUCUUUGUAAUGAGAUUCUUUGGGAUUUUUUUCUUUCCUUUUUUUUUUUUUUUCCUUUCCCUUGUUUUAAGCUCUUUUUUUCUCCUUUCUUUUUCAUUCUGAAGAGGCUGUGAGUUGACCUGCAGGGCUCUUGUUGUGCGUGGUAGUCAGUGUCCGUUCACGUCUUCUUUUUCUCUGUGGAAUAGUGCACAGUGGUGGUUUUUUAAUUACUGUGGUGAUAGGUGUACGUUAGAACCUCAUCAGCCAAAAGCCCCCCCACACCCCUAAAAAGGGAAAAACAGCAACCAGCACCCAUCUUCCCCUCUUGGAAUAAGCCCUGAACAACAGGUUUCUGGUGUGUGUGAGUUUUCUCUUUCGUUUGGUAGUGUCCAGCCACUUGCCGUUGUUUCAGCAAGGGCAAGCAGUCCCGGGAAUUCUCCUUUUUCUUUUGCUUUUUAACUAGCAGGUGGCUGGUUGAUUUAGUAUUAAAAAAAAAAAGAAAAGGGGGGGGAGGAAUGAGAAACCCUCAAUCCUGCUGUUGAUAUGCUGGAAGCCAAGAGAUUCCUAAUCUACACCCUGGCUCAGGAUCUACAACUUCUCUCAGCGUGUGGUGUUGUAAGUGAGUAGUUUACACAUUUUGACAUGGAGGACCUGUGUGUGUGUGUGUGUUUGUGUGUGUGUGUGUUUGUGUGUGUGUGUGUUUGUGUGUGUGUGUGUUGGGGAGCAAGGACAGGUUUUCCCUGCGGGAUACAACUGUCCCAUUCUGGAUUCUGCAUCCUGAGUCUGUUUUUUUUUCAAAGGCUUCUGUUUUGAAAAGCAGCUGUAAAAGCAGCGGAGUGUUCCUCAGAGGACCUACUCUUGGGCAAGGCUGCAGGUCAAAUCUUGCCACCCCAUAUCCAAGCAGUCUCCCUGACGACAGAAACAGCCAGGCCGAGAUUUGUCCCUGCUAGCUUUGGAGGCAUAUGCUAAUUUAAGGCUCUUUAGGAAACCUCCAGGCUGGCAGGAAGGAUUCCCACUUACUUGCGCUCCUAAAAAGCGUGGUGAGGUGUUUUCCUGGUGCAGAAAUCCCUGCCAGCCCUGAAUCCUGCCCACUUUGGGGAUGGUGGGCAUUAAAUAAUGAUCCUGCAUCCUAGCAAGAGGCAGCUGAGCUCAAACUAACACCUCUUGGGAAGAGUGACUGGCAUGCCCUGGAAAAGACUGUGAGUAGGAUCAUUAAUGGGAUGGAUGCUGCUGGGCAGGAGUCGGGAAAGCUCCUUCUCAGAGAUGCUUUUCAACUCUAAAUGCACUUUAAAUAGGCCAGUUUUUUCUCCCAAGUCCUUGAAAAGCAGUCCAAACAGAAUCCAAUCCAGCCCCUUCCUUAGCUCCAGUAUCUCCUUUCUUGUACAGGGAAGGAGCUUGGUGUGCCACCAGCCAGGGCUAUGUGAGUCCCCAGCCCCUCACCCAUCCCCUCUACCCCCCCAGUGAUGCUUGGAUGUGACCCCUACCCCCAAGAAUCACCCCUAAAAGGACCUUCUCUUCUCCAGCAAAGCACACCAAGACUAGUUUCCUUUUUAAGGUACCACUUCAGUCAUUCUGCAGUAGGCAGUCAUCUCUUGACCAGACUAAAAUGCAGCUAUUGAUAAAAUGCCUGUCUGUGCGUGUGUGUGUAUAUAUUUAUGUAUAAAAUGUCAGGAGAAAAGUAAUCCUUUGCUGAGCCUAUUAUGUUUAAUCAGGUUUAAAUAUUGUGCAAUCCAUUUCUAGCUCGCCUAAAACUUACUCUGCCAAACCAUGUGCUCUGUCAUCUGUGUCUGAGAAAUGAUGGAUUAAGUGACUUCACCUUUUGCAUUGACAAUAAGAUGCAUCAAUAAUAACUGUAACGAGCUGUAACUAACAGACAUUGCUUCAGCACCUA